UUCUUUUUUCAAAAAGAACUCCUCGUCCUGAGCCCUCUCAUCAGAGUCGCACAGCUUCACGUCUUCACCGAAAGUGAAGUGGAACUUCAUACGCUCAUAUCGUCGCGACAGUACCGAAGUCCAUCCUUUCAACAACUUGUUUGAACUCAAAGAGGUAUGGUUUUCCUGUGCUGGGUUCGGCCCUCUCCUCAAGAACAGAAGGCCUGCAUCAACAAGUCAGGUGCAUUCAACUAUGACUCUAAAUUUAGAGGAGCUACUGCUAAGCCACUGUCUUGCCUCCAAGAAGAUAAGGAGCUCGCAAAAGAUGGUUUCUUACUUAACCAUGCUCGUAUAUUAGUUGGUUCCGGUCUUGAGACUUAUGAAAAGGGCAAGAGCUCUCUCCAGAAUUGGAGGCAUUUUGGACUCAAUUGGACAUUUGUUGAUCCCAAGACACCUAUUCAGAGUGGAGUCAAGUUCUGUGUUUGCCUCAAGGAGUUUCUGCCAUGGCUCAUGAUGCCUCUUCAGGUUGUAUAUGUACAUGAGAAGAGAAAGGCUAACAAGACCAUGGCUUCUUUUGGUUUUGGAAGCGGUACCCUUCAAGGUCACCUCCUGGCUGGUGAAGAACGCUUCUCAAUUGAGUUGGAUGAGAACAACCAAGUGUGGUAUGAAAUACUUUCCUUCUCAAAACCUGCCCACUUUUUGUCAUUCAUGGGGUACCCAUACGUAUUGCUAAGGCAAAAGUAUUUUGCUCAUCGAUCUACCAAUGCAGUUCUGAAGCAUUUGACUGGUUCACAAUAUUAAUGUGAAUCCAAAUGUAAAUUCUAAUCUCAUAAUGAAGAAAUCUCAUCUUGGCCAUUAUCAAGUAGAUAUUUGUUUUUGCUUUUUUGGGAUUUUUCUUUUUUUUCUUAGGCUUCUGAAUGUUGAUGUGAAUUGGAUAAGAUGGGGGGUUGUAACCUGGAUUAGACAGACUUUUAAACUAAUUACUGUUCUUACCUAUGAGAUAUAUGAAAUGUUUCUUCAGAAUAUUGAAGUGAAA